AUGACACUGGUACGCAGGGCCUGGGUCCCGCCACCUCUCAAGCCCGCUGGGGCGCUGCAAAGCCUGUGGCAGGACCUGGAACCCGGUGUGGUCCACCUCUGGCGUUUAUGUUGGUCUCGGGUCGAUUUGCCUCUUGACUGGCUAAGCGAGGACGAGCGGGCGUACGCACAACAGUCGCAGUCAGCGCGUCGGCGGCGGGAGUUUUGUACCUGUCGAGCGGCCUGGCGGGCGGUGCUCGCGCGCUACUACCAGCCGCAGGCGUGCGUACCGCAAUCUGUGGCCCUCGCACGCACGGCUACAGGCAAACCCUUCCUCCAGAACGGGUAUGUGCGCUUUAACACGUCCCACACCCGGGACUGGGCCGUGCUGGCGGUCACCGGGCCGACCUCAGCCAUCGGUUGCGACGUUGAGCACCUGGACCGUCGAAUCCGCGACCCGCUUGGGCUGGCGCGGCGGCUCGGACUUGACACCUUCCAAGCACCAGCACCAGACACGCUCGCAACGCUCUCACAGCAACUGCUCUUGACCUGGAGCGAGCGCGAAGCUGUCGCCAAGGCGCUGGACGUGAGCCUCGCUCGGAUUCCUGCGACGCCCCAGUGCUCCGUGGUCAGGGUGCCGGUGCUGACGGGCCAGGUGCUUGCAUCGAUUGCAGUUGCUCCAGCACAACCCGUGAAGCGCAUCGAAGCCUUCGCGCUGGACACGCUCACACCAGCGGCGUGGCGCACCCUGGCCCAUGCACAGCCAUCAGGCGCCAUGGAGAAUGCAACAGCAAGCGAGCAGCAAGCGACCUCACCGCCUCCAUAA